AUGGCAGAGUACGAUCUGACACUGUGGAUUGCUCCAAAUCUCGACAGACAUUUGGUAUUCCCUCUCUUAGAGUUUCUCCAAGAGAGACAGUUAUACGACGAUAACCAUGUCCUUAAGGCUAAGAUCAAUCUCUUGAACAACACAAACAUGGUUGAUUACGCCAUGGACAUUCACAAGACGCUCUACCAUACUGAAGAUAUCCCUCAGGAUAUGGUCGAACGUAGGGCUGAUGUUGUUGCUCGUCUCAAGUCUCUUGAAGAUGCCGCCGCUCCUCUGGUUGCUUUCCUUCAGAAUCCUGCUGUUGUUCAGGAGUUGAGGGCUGAUAAACACUACAAUCUCCAGAUGCUCAAUGACAAAUACCAGAUUGGUGCUGCACAAAUAGAGGCAUUAUACCAAUAUGCCAAGUUUCAGUUUGAAUGUGGAAGCUACUCUGGUGCUGCUGACUAUCUUUAUCAGUACAGAGCAUUAUGCACAAAUAGUGAAAGGAGUUUAAAUGCAUUGUGGGGAAAGCUGGCAGCUGAAGUAUUGAUGCAAAAUUGGGAUAUUGCUCUUGAAGAGCUCAACCGCCUGAAGGAAAUAAUUGACUCAAAGAAUUUUUCAUCACCUAUUAAUCAGGUGCAAAGCAGAAUAUGGUUGAUGCAUUGGAGUCUGUUCAUCUUUUUCAACCAUGACAAUGGAAGAACACAAAUCAUUGAUUUGUUUAACCAGGACAAGUAUCUUAACGCAAUCCAAACUAGUGCUCCACACCUUUUGCGAUACUUGGCCACAGCAUUUAUUGUCAAUAAGCGCAGGAGGCCUCAAUUCAAAGAUUUUAUAAAAGUUAUUCAACAAGAGCAGAAUUCAUACAAGGACCCCAUCACCGAGUUUUUGGCUUGUGUUUAUGUCAACUAUGACUUUGAUGGCGCUCAAAAGAAGAUGAGGGAGUGUGAAGAAGUAAUUCUCAAUGAUCCCUUCCUUGUACAAAAACAAAAGCGCCGUAUUUCUUGCAAUGCCGAUGACCCCGUUGGCUUUGCAAGUAAUCUAGGUUUGACGGAUGAGCUUUCAAUGCAAUUGAAUAGGUAUCAUGAGAGCAGGAGCUAUGAUGCCAGUGCCUCUGAAGCUCCUAAGUCUACUAGAGCUGCUACUGUUAUAAAGAAGUCAGAGUCAGAAGGGAAACCAGACUUGAAUUGUGUUACAACUAGGACUGGGAAGCGAUCUAGGCCAUGUAGUUGGAAGAGGCGUAAAUGCAAAAAGCAGAAGCAAUCAACUGCUGAAGAUGUUGAUCUAAAUAUUCAAUGCAAGUUCCUUCCAAAUAAUACAGAUUGCAUGCUUGCUAAUCAACAGCAUGGUAACACCAACUAA